AGAAACUAGAACUACAAUAGACAUCGCUCACAACGCAAUGAACUACACUUCCCAGCAAUAUCACUGUGCGAAUCAUCUUCCUUCCGGUGUAAGACUCCUCGCCUGAAGAGAGCAAGCUAACAGGAGAAGAGGCUGCAUGAAUAAGGCCGUGCGAUCACGAUGCCCUUGGAGGUGAGAUGGCCGUUCCCACAGCGCCCCCAUGCGGGCUGGAGGCUCUCGGGCUCCCUGGUGAUGGGCAUGGUGGGAUCUUACAGCUACUUCUGGACCAAGUACUUGAACUGUUUGAUGGUACACAACCAGGAGGUCCUGCUGGAGCUGAUUGAUGAGCGGCCCCGUGAUACACCCCUUAUCACACUCUCAAAUCACCAGUCCUGUAUGGAUGAUCCACACAUCUGGGGAAUUCUGAAGCUCCGCCACUUAUGGAACUUUAACAAGAUGAGAUGGACUCCAGCUGCCUCUGAUAUAUGCUUCACGAAGGAGUUUCACUCCCGUUUCUUCAGUCGUGGGAAGUGUGUGCCUGUGUGUAGAGGAGAUGGUGUGUACCAGAAAGGCAUGGACUUCAUCCUGGAGAAGCUCAAUGCAGGGGAGUGGGUACACAUAUUCCCAGAAGGAAAGGUGAACAUGACACAGGAGUUCAUCAGGUUAAAAUGGGGUGUGGGGAGGUUGAUAGCAGAGUGUUCACUCAACCCUAUCAUUUUGCCCCUUUGGCAUGUAGGAAUGAAUGAUGUCCUUCCGAAUAAACCUCCUUAUAUCCCCCGGACUGGUCAGAAAAUUACUGUGUUGGUAGGGAAGCCCUUUACUGUCAAACAUCUAGUUGAAAAAUUGAAAUCUGAAAACAAAAAUCAGACGGAAAUGAGGAAGGCCUUGACGGACUUCAUUCAGGUGGAGUUUCGCAGCCUGAAAGCUCAGGCAGAGGCCCUCCAUCACCGCAUUCAGAACUGUGGGCGAUAGCGAGGCCUGAAGUGUCUCAGGUUUUGCAGCUAUCAGGGAAAAUGAAAGUGCAAAGGAGCCAAAAAUGAUUGGUGCCCUGCUUUAGGAUUCAUAUUUAGAGUGUAUCUGAACGCAAGUGCGUAAGGAUGAAAGACAAUGACACACAGCUGCCUCAUUCAUUGGGGGGAAAAAACUGUAAUUCUCAUCUCUGAGUCAUUAGGACAAGAGUGACCAGAGAUUUGUCACAAUCAACGUUCCGCUUUUUGAUGAAAAUAAUAUGAACCCGAUUCUGCUUCUGUUAUCCUGAGAAUUGAGAUGGGGUUACAUUGGGUGCAGAAUAUCUACAUACAUGGAUUCCCUCAGUUUGCAAAAGGUUUUUAAAAACAUCAAACAGGUCUUUUCAGAAUAUCUUUGUACUUUUCCCCCUUAUUUCUUCUUAAGUUAAGCCUACUGCAGAUACUUUGUGUCCACAGAUCAUCAGAAAAACAUGCUGAGUACAGAAAUUAUUAUAUACACAAUAAGGUUAACACAUUGCUUACCAGUCGUAUGUUAAAUAUUAACAGAAAUGUAGACUUUACGUUCUUUUGAAGGUUCUGCUUUGAUUUCAAGUUAAUUUACAGAAUUCAGCAUCUGCACAUAAUAUCUCUGCUUGUUCUGAGUCGGACAAAGUAUGUUAAAAUGGCUUAAUGGAGAUAUGGAAAUGAAAUGUCACAUUGUCUAAAAAUGAGCUUUUAACUCUUAAGUUUUAAAUAGAGCCAGGUGGUUAUGUGCAGCCCUUCUUUCAAGUUUAUCUCUCUUAGGGUACCUAAUUAUAAAGCAAGGUACAAUUACCAUUUAUUUAUUUCACAUAUUGCCUGAAAAAGGGGGGAGUUAUCUUUCCAUUUCGAUCUUAGUUUUUAAAUUUUUUUCAGUAAAUAUACUGUGCAUUAUGUGCAAAUAUAGUAAAUAAUGUAUUUUAAAAAUACCACAUGCACUAUGAACAUUUAAGACAUUAACGAAAAAUGCCUAAAAGUGUGCUGUGACAAAACCACCUGGACAGUGAGUAUCAAAUUCAAGAUGUGAAGCUGCUGACCUCAGUGUAGGGUCAUAUCAUGGGAUGUAAUACUCAGCUUUGUUUUUUGUCAGGCAGCUGAUCAAAAAUGGAAUGGACUGUUUUUACUCCUGUAGACAUUCACUGGGGAAUGACAGAAGUCAGUGUGCCUUCCUUUUGUCCUUAGUAAUAGUUUCACCCUAGUUGCUCUUUUCUUGUUUAUGUUGUGUAUGGAGAGUUAUUACCUAGAUCAAGCUUAAAUUUACCUUGUAUUUAACUGAAAUGAGCAAUUUUGCAUGAUGUAAUUUAUAGAAAUAUAUGAAUUUUUGCCUUAUUGUAAUUAAAACCUUGUAUU